AGGGAGGGAGAGAAAGGUCUUCCAUUCGCUGGUUCACACCCCAAUUGGCUUCAGUGGCUGGAGCUGCACCAAUCUGAAGCCAGGAGCCAAGAGCUUCCUCUAGGUCUCCCACGCAGGUGCAGGGGCCCAAGGACUUGGGCCAUCUUCCACUGCUUUCCCAGGCCACAGCAGAGAGCUGGAUUGGAAGUGGAGCAGCCGGGACUCGAACCAGUGCCCAUAUGGGAUGCGGGCCGUGCAGGCGGCAGCUUUACCUGCUGUGCCCUGGCACUGGCCCUUGCGAGCUUUUCUGACCUCUAACAGUGGGACUGAAAUAAAUCUGUGUAUCCACCUUGACAUUUUCUUCCUUUCUGCCAAGGAGCCUAAUGGUUUCUUGAGCUUGUUUUCUACCAGGAAGUCCACGUUCAAGAUUUAGGUGGUGUAGCGCCUUCCUACUGCAAAACCGAAUGGAAUGGAAGAAUGGAAGCUGCGGAGUCACUUGCAUUUCGAUGUUUUAUUUGGGUUUCCCCUUGGGGUCACGGUAUUGAUGAUAUCGUCACGUGGUGCACACUGGUCUGAGAGUGGCGCCCUUAAAUAGAAGGUGUGACGUAAGAGUCCGUUUUUUGAGGCACACCCAGCAUUGGCCCACUCUGAAUUCCAGCUUUUGGAUCAUCUCGCUCCCCCUGCUCUCCCAGGGGGAAACGGUACUGAACGUGCCUGGAAAGACAGUCCAUUCUCUGAGGCCGCUGUGCCCGGUGAGUAAUGAAGUGUCAGAGGAAGCCGGGGAGAGAGCUGCUUAUUAUAGACGAGCACCGGCCUGGCCGGCAGGGCGGUAACACACCUUCCUUCUGGUUUCCUCCCUGGGACUGAGAGAGUCUGAAAGGCGGGAGGCUAAGACCUUUUGGAGUGGAGUUCCUCUGGUCCACCUCCUGAGAGUCCAGCAGGACCGCCGCUGGGUGGUUUGGGAUGGCCGAGAGAUGAGUGCCCUUUCACGCCGGGGACCCAGCAGAAGCAGCUGGGCUCCACUCCGCUGGCGUUAGGAUGGGCAAUGCCAUUGAGAAGCAGAAGCCCCUCAGACGGAGCCCUCUGUGCCCCUGGAAACAAGACUCCCAGCGUUCUCACCUCUCUUCCUUCACCAUGAAGCUGAUGGACAAAUUCCACUCGCCCAAAAUCAAGAGAACGCCGUCCAAGAAGGGGAAACCGGCCGAGGUGUCUGUGCGGAUCCCGGAGAAGCCUGUGAACAAGGAGGCAGCACACAGAUUUCUACCAGAGGGCUACCCUAACCCCUUGGAUCUGGAGCAGCAGGCAGUAGAAUUUAUGUCCACCAGUGCUGUGGCUUCCAGGUCUCAGAGGCAGAAGAAUCUGAGCUGGCUGGAGGAGAAAGAGAAGGAGGUUGUCAGUGCCUUGCGCUACUUUAAGACCAUUGUGGACAAAAUGGCCAUUGACAAGAAGGUCCUGGAGAUGCUUCCGGGGUCGGCCAGCAAGGUGCUGGAGGCCAUCCUGCCCCUGGUGCAGAGCGACCCGCGCAUUCAGCACAGCUCAGCCCUCUCCUCCUGCUACAGCCGAGUGUACCAGAGUCUCGCCAACCUCAUCCGCUGGUCUGACCAGGUGAUGCUGGAAGGCGUGAACUCAGAAGAUAAAGAGACGGUGACGACCGUGAAGGGGGUCAUCAAGGCUGUGCUGGACGGAGUGAAGGAGCUGGUCAGACUGACCGUCGAGAAGCAGGGGCGGCCGUCUCCAACAAGCCCAGUGAAGGCCAGCUCCCCGGCCGGCAGACCUGAUGGCCAGUCCGAGCUGCCCCUGACAGACCGAGAGAUGGAGAUUCUGAGCAAGACGAGUGGGGUGCCACAGCCAGGGGGGCUGCUCCCGGACACCGCAGACGAAGAGGUCGCGCCCCCCAAGCCCCCCUUACCCGGCAUCCGGGUGGUUGAUAGUCCACCGGCGUUGCCACCCAAGAAAAGACAGUCAGCUCCGUCCCCAACCCGCGUGGCCGUGGUCGCCCCCAUGAGUCGAGCCACCAGCGGUUCCAGUUUGCCUGUUGGAAUUAAUAGGCAGGAUUUCGACGUUGACUGUUACGCACAGAGGCGACUUUCGGGAGGCAGCCACUCCUACGGCGGGGAGUCGCCCCGCCUCUCCCCCUGCGGCAGCAUCGGCAAGCUCAGCAAGUCGGAUGAGCAGCUGUCGUCCCUGGACAGGGACAGCGGGCAGUGCUCCCGGAACACAAGCUGUGAAACACUAGAUCAUUACGAUCCCGACUAUGAAUUCCUCCAGCAAGACCUCUCCAACGCGGACCAGAUACCUCAGCAAGUGGCCUGUAACCUUAGCCCGCUGCCGGAGUCCUUGGGGGAGUCUGGGUCUCCGUUUCUUGGCCGUCCAUUCCAGCUGCCUCUUGGCAGCUGUCCCCAGACGGAGGGGCAGCCGAGCGACAUGCCGCCCGCCCUCCCCGAGAAGAAGCGCCGGAGCGCAGCCUCCCAGACCACGGACAGCUCCGGCUGCAGGGUGUCCUACGAGCGGCACCCCUCGCAGUACGACAACCUCUCCCAGGACGACCUGCAGAACCCAGCCCCGGGCCAGCCCGCCCCCUACACGCCCUUCGCUGCUAUCCUCCCCUUCCAGCAAGGAGCGGCCUCAGCCCCUGUGGAAUUUGUGGGUGAUUUCACUGCUCCUGAAUCCACGGGCGACCCAGAAAAGCCGCCGCCUCUGCCAGAGAAGAAAAACAAACACAUGCUGGCCUACAUGCAGCUGCUGGAGGACUAUUCCGAGCCGCAGCCCUCCGUGUUCUACCAGACGCCGCAGAAUGAGCACAUCUACCAGCAGAAGAACAGGCUGCUCAUGGAGGUGUACGGCUUCAGCGACUCCUUCAGCUCGGCCAGCGACUCGCUGCAGGAGCUGGCCCCGCCGCCCGCACUGCCCCCGAAGCAGCGGCAGCUGCAGGCCUCCUAUGCUGCUUCUUCCUUCUCCUCUGUCUCCUACUGUAUCCAGCAAACUCAAGUGGCCUUCGCCCCCGAGGACAGCAGUGCCACUCAGGGCCUCAGUGUGUCGGUCUCUAACUCCUUUCUCAGCCGGCACGGCAGCUUGCCUGUGCCCUCGUAUAAAUCUGUGUUUAGGUCCUACUCCCAGGACUUCGUGCCUCACCACCAAGCUUCCGUUCAGCCUUUCCUUCCGCCUACCUCCUCUUCCUCUCCACAUUUCCCACCUGUCCACCAGUCUCAGAGCUCGGACUUAGCGGUGCCACCCGUGGCCAGUCCGCCUCCCAGCACCGUGGACGGGCCUCUCUCAUCUUCCCAGGAGAGCAGCUUCCAUGGGAACACUGUCUGCCUUCCUCCUGAAACCUCUUUCACUGACUGGAGUGGAAGCGCCAGUGAGGGCGAAUAUGUCAGUCUCUCUUCCUCUGGCCAGAGCAGCGAGGAGCUGGCUCCCUCUCGAGGAGAGUCGCCAGCUGGGAAAGACGCCCAUUCCAGGGAUCCCGCGCUGGGCGGAGGCACACCUGGCAAGGAGAGCCGAGACGGCGGCGAGAGGGCCUCCCAGUCCCCAGACGGUCUAGAGACGGCCCAGUCGGAGGACGAGGUAGAUGAGCUGUCCCUCAUCGACCACAACGAAAUUAUGGCCAGGCUAACACUCAAGCAAGAGGGUGACGACGGCCCAGACGUCCGUGGAGGAUCUGGGGACAUCUUGUUGGUCCACGCCACUGAGACAGACAGGAAAGACCUGGUGCUGUACUGCGAAGCCUUCCUGACCACCUACAGGACCUUCAUCAGCCCCGAGGAGCUCAUCAAGAAGCUGUGCUCCACAUACGAGAAGUUCUCUCCCUUCGCCGACACGUUCAAGAAGCGCGUGAGCAAGAACACGUUCUUCGUGCUGGUGCGAGUGGUGGAUGAGCUCUGCCUGGUGGAGCUCACAGAAGAGAUCCUGAAGCUCCUCAUGGAGCUGGUCUUCCGCCUGGUGUGCAGCGGGGAGCUCAGCCUGGCCCGUGUGCUCCGGAAGAACAUUCUGGACAAGGUGGACCAGAAGAAGCUGCUCAGGUGUGCCAACUCCGACCAGCCCCUGGCAGCCAGGGGCGUCGCGGCCAGGCCAGGGACACUGCACGACUUCCACAGCCAUGAGAUAGCCGAGCAGCUCACGCUGCUGGACGCCGAGCUCUUCUACAAGAUAGAGAUCCCCGAGGUCUUGCUCUGGGCCAAAGAGCAGAACGAGGAGAAGAGCCCCAACCUGACGCAGUUCACGGAGCACUUCAACAACAUGUCCUACUGGGUGCGGUCGAUCAUCAUGCUUCAGGAGAAGGCCCAGGACAGGGAGCGGCUGCUCUUGAAGUUCAUCAAGAUCAUGAAGCACCUGCGGAAGCUGAACAACUUCAACUCCUACCUGGCCAUCCUCUCCGCGCUGGACUCGGCACCCAUCCGCAGGCUGGAGUGGCAGAAGCAGACGUCCGAGGGCCUGGCUGAGUACUGCACGUUGAUCGACAGCUCGUCCUCCUUCCGAGCCUACCGGGCCGCCCUCUCGGAGGUGGAGCCCCCCUGCAUCCCCUACCUGGGGCUGAUUCUGCAGGACCUGACCUUCGUCCACCUGGGGAACCCGGACCACAUCGACGGCAAGGUCAACUUCUCCAAACGCUGGCAGCAGUUCAACAUCCUGGACAGCAUGCGACGCUUCCAGCAGGCGCAUUACGACAUCCGGAGAAAUGAUGACAUCAUAAAUUUCUUCAAUGACUUCAGUGACCACCUGGCCGAGGAGGCCCUAUGGGAACUCUCUCUGAAAAUUAAACCCAGGAACCUCACGCGGAGGAAGACAGACCGGGAGGAGAAGACCUAGGGCAGGCACCGGGAGCCAGCAGAGCCCAGAGGACCUCGCACCUGCAGGCCUCAGAGCCACGGGCCUGGCCAGACCUCGGCCGGGCCGGGCCGGGCCGGGCCGGGCCGGGCCGGAGCUUCCUGCCUCCCCCGGGCAGAGCCGGCAGCGGGCGCGGUGCUGACGGGAGCGCGGGCCCCGGACUUGGUUGUGUUUUGCUUUCACUUCUUCCCCCCUUGCCCUCCCGCCCUCUGCCCUGCGGCCUGGGAGCAGCGCUGAGUCAGUGUCCACAGACCAGGAACGGCCCGUCCCCCCUCCCCCAAGCCCAGGGGUCCCCACGUGGCAAGUGAGGAAGGCCCGGGGAGCUCGGGGGGGGGGGGGGGCCGCGCUCCGCUCAGGAGGUUAGGUCGGGCAGAGGCAGAGCAGCCCGGGGAGGCGCGGUGGUGAAGUCCGGCGGCCUGCAGCCGGCCCCACGUCCCGGGCUCCCUGCGGCACUGGGGACAGCAGGCCUGCUGCCUCUCGGGUCCCCGCCCCGGGCAGCCUGUGUCUUGGCUGGGAGCCCCAUUGAGCUCCUAGGGCAUCGGCUGACCUGCGGCGGGGCAGGGGCGGGGGCAGGGGCGGUCUUCUGCCCUGGGAGAGGCCAGCAGCUCCUUCUCUGCGCUUGCUCUGUGCCUUAAACACCAUCUCCCGCCCUUCCAGCCUCUCCCCUCGCCCGCCGUGGCCGGGCUCCUGCAGCGCAUCAGGCUGUCCCAGUGCUUCCCGGGACCCGCGCACAAGCCGGGGAGAGGCCGUGCUGCCGAGGCCGGCUCACUCCCCAGAGCAGGCGUCUUCCAGCCCGGGCUGCUGAGGGCGACAAUCCGGGCCCGGCCCGCGGGCUCGCGUGGGACCCUCGGCGCGGCCAUCGGGGGGCGCUGCCCCGCGUCAGACUGUGCUUCCUCCGCCCACCCCGUGAGCAGCGGGCCGGUAGAUGUCCCAAGGCCGCGUCCUUCGAGUCCUUGCUGGCUGUUUGAGCCGCUCCUUUCCGGAAGAGCGCGGGGCCGUCCCCCGUGGCGUUCUGUUCGUCCUGUACAUAGAGGGCAGGAGACCCGUGGGUGGCCACGAGGCGCCCCCUGCCGGCCCCGGCCGGCACCUGUCACUUUAUUAUUUAAAGCGUGUGCGUGUGGAGUCGCUGGCUUGUUAGCAGUUGUGUGUGGGGUUGGGUUUUCGUUUGCGCCCUCUUUGAAGUCCUUUCAUUUCAGCUGUUGCUUGCUGCCGCCAGGCUCAGCCAGCGCCGCGCGUGCCGCUGGGAUCCCCGGGGCCCGUGGUGGUCUGAGCAGAGGAGCCGGGCAGACGCGGCGAGGCCAGCGUGGGCUUUAACUUAUUGGCCGGCAGGCUUGCUGCCUCCCGCCUGCCGGGGACAGACAGGAGCGGGGCGCUCUGCUGCGGUGUGAGAGCCAGGGAGGGCCAGUCCGCGCGCUCCCCAGUGUUACAUUGUAAUAUAAACCCCAGCUCGUGUCUGUGGGCGGCCUCGCCCUGCCCUGCGACUCUUCAGACGUGUCACUUUUAUAUGAAAGGAAAUAAACUGACAAAAGCCGC